GAUGACGUAUAUCUCCUGCGACACUAGCUCGUGCUUCUUUCGUGAGUCGUACGAAAACAAGUCCCUGGCGCUGGUGAAAUUUGGGGAGCUGAAAUAAGAAGCCUUUGAUUUGAACCAGUCCGCGCCGUGCUGAAAUGACAGUGUGCAGUUUUUUUCUUCAGGGCCGCUGUCGUUACGGCGAAAAGUGUUGGAAUGAGCACCCGAGGGGAGGGAACAGAGGAGGUGGAGGAUACAACAACAGCAACCGCUCUUCUGCUCAGCAACAGCAGAGAGGUGGAGGAUUUGGAAACAAAGUCUGGGUGAAUCCUUCCCAGCAAAAAGGAGGCUAUAUCCAGCCUUCAUCCUUCUCUUCUCAUGGAAGUGAUGACUGGGGCCAAGGAGGAGGAGGUGGAGGGAGAAGAGAUAACAUAAAAUCCUCCGAAUUCAGCUUCUCCGCUCAAAACAGAUUUUCAACGCUUGCUGCUCCCAGCACUUUUGACAAGGGGGGAAGAGGAGGUGGCCAGCAAAUUGCAGCGAGGGAUGAAGAUGAUGAUAAAAAACUGGAGUUCAUUCAGAUGGACAUGGACAUAUGGGAGAGUUCAGGGCAGUGGUGCUUCUCGUGUUAUUCUAACUUCAAGACAUCUUUAUCUGGUUUCACUGAUCUCUCUCCAGAAGAGCUCAGGCUGGAGUAUUACUCUACAAGAGCUUCAGGAGAUCUGCAGGGAUAUAUUAAUGGGAUAAAUCAGUUGCUCAGCCAGUGGAGAGGCAGAGUCCAGGAACUGAAGAUCAUGAGUCCAGCUACCCGCCAAGCUUUGCUUGCAGAGUUAAACAACCCAGCACCUCAGACAUCUUCAGGGGGCUUUGAUUCAAUGACAGCACCUGGAUUUGGAUCUUCUACACCCAGCUUUGGAAGCAAAAGUGGAGGCUUUGGGAGUCCAGCACCAGUUCAGGCCAGCACUUUUAGCUUUGCUGCCCCGAGUGGUGGCUUCGGUUCAUCAGCAGCGCCGUCAUCCUCAACAGGUUUUGGCAGUGCCUUGGCAGCUCCUACACAACCUCCCUCUGGGUUUGGUUCCUCCUCUGCAGCCUCCUCUGCUCUUUCAGCUGCUUCUUUCUCCUUCAGUGGUCCAACCUCCAAUAGUUCAUCAGCCACUUCAGGAUUUGGCUCUGCCUCUGGGUUCAGUUUCUCCUCGACAGCGAACGCUGGAAGUACAUUCGGGAGCGGUUUCGGGGUGGAGGCAGGAAGCAGCAGUGUUUUUGGACAGACGAGUGGGGGGUUUGGGGCAAGCGCUGCUCCGCCUGCAGCAGGAGCUGUGUCUGCCGGUGGGGAAACGGAUGGUUUGUUUUCACCUAAGGACAAACUGACUCCAGAGGAACUGAAUCAGUUCAAGGCUAAGAGGUUCACUCUAGGCCAGAUCCCUUUAAAGCCUCCUCCAGCUGACAUACUGGUGGUAUGAUGCUGUGGGAAACAUUAGCAAGAUUUUUUCUGCAAAGAAAAUGAAACAAAGUUAAGAUUGUCUCUCCUCCUGUUAAAAUUAAUAUACUUAUGUUUAAGGUUUGGCUAACGUUCCAAUACUUCAGAUUAAUUUUGUCUGGGAAAACUUGCUUUGAUUCCAUUUAAGAUUUUUUCUGUAUGUGCAAAGCAUGCCUUAUGUGAAGCUGUAAAAUACACAAUUAUUAUUAUAUUUUUAGAAUGGGUCUUUUGUCACAUAAGGUGCUAUUUUUGAGAUUAUUGUAUGUCUCUUGAGUUUGGAUUCUAUUGAAUUGGUUCGCUAAAGUUUAUAUUUCGCCACUUGUUGAGGUGAACUGCUAGAGUAAUGAAAAAGGUUUCGGAAGGUUUAAUUUACAUGCUUAUCUGAUCAAACAUAAAUGAUGUUUUAAAAAAAAAAAAAAAUCAAUAAACAUCUACACAAAACUCCCCAAUUCA